AUGGAUUCUAGUAGAAAUAGUUCACUAUCCUUGUACAAAGGCCUUCCUGUUGUACAUUCUUACAGGAGACAUCUGCUAGAUAAAGCAGAUGGACCUGAGAGAACUGCAGGAAUUACAAAAGUAAUCCUGGAUGGGAUGGGACCAAAUGUAAAACCAAGAGGUGUAUACAGCAUAUCCUGCAAGUUUGACAUAUGCGAGAUAUUCGUGCAGACAAGUGAUGAUCUCUUGAGGUGUGCACAGUGGCAGAUUCAUUCAGUGCAGCUGGACAUGACAGGAGAAAGAGCGUACACAAAGGGAUCUAUAUCCAGUGCAGCGCAUGCUGGGAUAUACUUCACCAUAGACAUGGAUGGGUACAUUAACCCAGCGACUAAAAGAAUGUGGAUAUAUAAUGUAAGAAAUCUUCUGAGACUGUGCUCUAAGAAGAAUAUUCUAGUCGUGUACAGUGCAGACAGAAUGAAUGAAGAGGAGAUUCUGCAGAUAUUCCAGAAGUUCAAGAUAAAAAGGCGAGUGGCAGUUGGCUUCUAUACAAUAAACAUGGAGAGAAUGCUUGUCACAGCAGCCAUGAAGAAAUAUGCAUACAAAGGAUCAUUUGUACCCAUAGAAGAGAAUGAAACAGAUUUUAAGAGAAUGGUCUACAGGGCCACUAAGCCCCUGAAAAGCAUAAAGGGAUAG